UCGUAAAAUAUUGAAAUCGUCGAAGUUUUUUUCAAUAUUUCUAAUAAGUACUCUUAUCAUUCCCUUCAUAUAAUAUUCUUAAUCUAAGAACUGUGUAUGUAAUUAUAAGUGUAGUUUUGCUGUUUGUUUAAUAACUGAAUUGUAAAAAAAUAUUCAUUGGAUGUUCCUACCUGAAAAAGCUAUGGCUACAAGAAAGAGAAGUGGUUCUGGUUCUAAAAGACAUUUAAAAGAGAAGGUUGUACAGAUAUACGAGUCAUUUUUCCGUGGUGAAGAUUUAAAAAGUGACAAUCUUACAUUUUGGGAUGAGUUCUUCCUCCUCAAGCCUAAAAUUCCACAACUGGAAGCAGAGAUACACAAACUAACGGUGGAACAACUAAAUAACUUGAAAGAUAAUAUCAAUAUAUUGGUUGUACAAUGCAUUGAUAUGUUAGGACAAGAACACCACAUAAGGUUGGUAUAUGCUCUUCAAACAUUCAGUGCAAUUUUAACUACAAUGUACCAAAGAGCUGGGCAGGACCCAAGUCUCAAUAUAAAGUUGAUAUUAUUAGGCACAGAUAAUGCUAAUAUGAAAAUGCAAAAACUGCUAGAGCACUGCAGUACUGUACUAUCAGGUGAUGUCCCGGACAGUUUGAAAUCAAUGGUUAUAAAGUUGCUUUUAAUAAUUGCAACUGGUAUUGAUGUAAUUGAUGAAAACCCACUGGUUGAAUAUUUAAUGCUGCAUUCACUGUUUGAGCCGCUGAUACAGUUACUGUGCACUUCUACUGAAAGACAACAACAUGGUUAUGAUGUGGUUUUACUCCUGAUGUUCUUGGUUAAUUAUAAAAAACAAGAGUCUGCUAAUCCUUAUCUAGUAAAAUUGUCAAUACUUGAUGAUGAGCUGGCAUUAAAUGGAUACGGUCAAGUCAUAACAGCAGCUCUGAAUGACUUUGUGAUGUCAACGUUCGGUGGUAUGCAGGCGAGUGGUGGAGGCUGGCUCUCUUCUCUCACAAGCAUGGUGGGGGGAAUAUUUCUGACCAGCGACGAGACACAGCCAGUUGUCAGAGGACAAAGAAAUAUCGGCGGUGAAGAGGGCAUGUUGCUAGCGUUAUACGAGGCGGCUCACUUGAACCGCAAUUUUAUGACAACACUAGCGCACUCUUCCUCUGCAGCCACUUCCUCCGCACCGCCGUCACCUCCUGCAACCUUACCUCCACAUCAGAACCCACCGAACUUAGCUCAGAUCCAAGCUCUGGAUAACGAGCAGCCAACAAAUUUAUUAGUCACAUUCUUUCAAUAUUGCUCAAUAGUAAUGGCGGACACGCGAACGGAAACCAGCAUCAACAAAUGCAGUUUAUGUUUUAUUACCCUCACAUGUAUCGUAGAAGAGCAGUUCGCAAACUCCAUAAUGCACGACCAAAAUCUUACUUUCAAGGUCCAAUUGUAUAGACUUCCGAUGCGCCAUCGAAAAAUAGUUCCCGAAGAACCACCUUCACAGCCCCUAGCUUCAACUCUAAUAGAUCUUCUAGUCGAGUUUAUUAUGUGCCAUCUACUGAAGAAGUUCCCCGGCGAGUUGUACGAACUAUGCGUGGGCGUGCUUCUGCGACUGUUGAGCUACCAGAAGCGUUGUCGCGUGCGACUGUCGCGCGACUGGCGCCCGCUGUGGGCCGCGCUCAUUGCUCUACUAAAGUUUCUAGUCACAAACGAGAGCACAUUACUGAGGAGACACAAUAUAUUUACCAUGGCGCAACAGGUUGUAAAUAUCUUCAAUCUAUUCAUCACGUUCGGUGAUACGUUCCUACCAACGCCGGCGUCCUACGACCAAUUGUAUUACGAACUGAUAAGAAUGCAUCAAGUUUUCGAUAAUCUUUUUUACAUGGCGUUACGUUACUCCACGGGCGACGGGGAGUUCAAGGCAGAAGCGUUGCGUCUUGCCAACUGCCUCGUCAAUGUUCGUGCUAUCAUACAACACUUCUCACCGAAGAUUGAAGUAUGGCUCGCCUCGCAAAACUUAUCUACACCCACUGAGGAUCAGAUACUGGAAGUGGUGCGCAAGAACUACGACAGCUUAAUCCUCAAACUCCAAGAAGGUUUAGAAGCGUACGAACGCUACACGGAGCGAACGCAUCGACCGCUGCUGUCGAAAUUGGUCCGCGCGGCUUCCGGUGCCGCUCGGUUGCGAUCGGACGCAGCCGCAUUGCGGGACCACUCCGCUGCGUUACUCAACCAUUACACUACUAUAGCGUAAACACUCUAUGUUAGACUAUAGAUUUAAGUGCGAUACACCAGUUACUUAGAAUGGGUUUAUAAUAUGGGGCCUUAGCCAUGUUUACUGUAUAUAAGUAUCAAUUUUUUAUUUCAAUGCAAGUUAGCCCUUGAAUGCAGAUCUAUCUGAUAGAAAAUGAUGAUGCUAUCUAAAAUGGCCAUACUCCUUACCGGUUUUAUGUGACAUUGUACAGAAGCGCAAAAUCGUUCGGCGGAACAUUAUGUUGGUAACUAGCCACGGCCUAAGAGCCUCGGUCCAGAAAAAUUCUAAAUUCCCAAAUUAUAUCGGAUCCGGGAUCUCCUACUUAUAAGGGCACAGCGUUUAACAUGCGCGAGCGAUAUAUAAUUUAGCAUGAUCCAUUCGAUUGAAUCUGCGAGUGAUUUUUAAUCGCAGCAAAAAGCAUGUCAGUGUUAGCGAAUUGACCUCCAUUCUUAUCUAUGCAGGCUGCUGUCACUUUGCGUCCAAUUGAAUGACGCCAUAUUGGCGCUGCAAGUAAGGCGCAAUUAUUAGGUAACAGUUUCCGAGGUCACUAGAGUCACAUAAAUAUUUUCAAAAUUGGUUUGAAUGAAUUAAUAAAUAAAUUUUUGAACAUUAAUAUUAAUAAUUUAAAGUACAAGAAACUAAAAUAAGAACUACUAAAAACCACUAUAAUAUUAGUUUCAGAGACACUCACUCGUAUGUAACAUAAAUGGCGUUUUAAAUGGGGACAUAAUUUCCAGCCAGUCAAAAAAGUUCAGUGAUUCGCAACUAGUAUUUAUUAUUAUUAAAAAUAGUCUAGUAUAGCUAAGGCCCCUGUACAGUUACGUAGAAGUAUAUUUGUCUAUAUUCUACGGCGGAAACCGAGAUUAUUAAUAGAAAUGCAGAAUUUUGAUCUAAAAAUCGUAAAUGUCUUAGAGAUAUCUUUAAUGAAAUAAUAAACAAAUUUAUUUCUUCAUAUUUACUAAUUUCAGUUUUCGUCACACUGACCAAAAAAUUAUAUAUAAUAUAUUGUAUAGAUAAUAUAUUUUGAUCCAUUAUUUUUUUUUUAUUCUUUUACAAGUUAUUGAGACAUUACCUGACAGUGAGUGACGAUUUGGUAUAAUGAAAUAACGCUAACCUGCUUUUCAGUAACUUUUCUGACAGUGGCUAGCUGAUGAACAUCGCCAAAAAACAAAUGAAAAAAAACCCCGAAUUCUAGGUCUAAUAGAAGAUACAAGACCAGAGCUAAUAAAAUUGAGGAAUUAUAAAUUAAAUUUAAUUAUGAAUUAUAAAGUUAAUUCCCAUUCAACUUCCUCAUAUGGUUUGUAGCUGCCCUAAUGACUACCGUCCAAAAUUACGUCAAUCUAAUCCGAAAUCUUUAGACCAAAGAUAUAUUAUGGAUAAGUGGAAAAAGGAUAGCCUUUUAAACUUCCCUGUUCAUAAGUACUCACUGAGGAAAACUAAUAUUUUGUGACCUGAAGAUUUACGAUUGGAUGGAUUGUAUUAACUUCGAACAAGAGUAGUUAGCGUGUUUACCGAAAUCGGUCGGGGCAUAAAAUGUAAAACACGAGUUUUUCUAGCAAGUAAUUCUCAGUACCUACAUGUCUACAGUUCAGAAAUCAGUAAAGUGUCGAAGCAGUGAAUGAUCCAAUAGUUACCUAAAAAUCUGACGCAACACGUGUUCUUAAAAGAACGGCAUAAAUAGUUUUAUUUCGGUAUAUCGGCAAAUAAAAGUAACCGGUAAAUUAAAACCGAUUUCGAGCCCUGGAUAUUAAUUUUAAAAGUUUGCCAAUCCCUUAAGGUAUAAAUAGGAAUUUGGAGCUCUUGCUGUAUCAGAACAUAUAAUCAGGACAGAUGAAGAAAUGGCCCCUGCCCUGUUAUUAACACACAUCCAAAUUUAUAAAAUGCACAUACCUUCACCUUAGAAACGUGAAAAAAGAAAAGAAUAUAGCAUUUGCGAGAAAAAUCUAGUUGGCAAUGUGAUUUAUAGUACAUGCUUUAUUGUAUCUGUAGGUUAAAUAACUAAUAAAGGUAUUUGUUACUACAUUUUCAAACGCGUUGGCAAUGUGAUUUAUAGUACAUUCUUCAUUGUAUCUGUACGUUCAAUACCUAAUAACGGUAUUUGUUACUACAUUUUCAAACGCGUUGGCAAUGUAAUUUA